AAAUAGAAGAAAUAUUAUCUGUCCCUGUCCGUGGCCCGUGUGGUGGUGAAGUGAAAAAUCAGUGAAUAAUUUUUACUGGGUGAAGUGAAGAAGAAAAUCAUAGUACUUCCCCUUGUAGAAAAAAAAUUUUCAGAAAAUACUGAAAUGUGCUGAAAUUUGGUUAACUUAUUUAACAAAAAAGUAAUUUGAAAUUCAUCUCGAAGUUGUCUUGCGAAGGAUGACAGCUGAAGUUAUGGCUGCUGACGCAAAUUGGGAUCCAGCUUUAUCCAAACUAGUUUCAUCGCUAAAAGAAACCGAAACCCUCUCAAGUGAACAGGAAAUCGAUUUUCUUAAAACACUUUUAGAAUCCAAAGAGCUAAAUGCCUUAGUUAAUGUUCAUAGUAAAGUGGCGAAAGUUGGUAGAGAUGAUAAAUUAGCGCCACUCCUUUCAACAUCAACACAGGUCCUGUUAGAAGUAUUAGAACAAUUAUCUCAGCGAUGCCAUUUAUCACCAAUAUGUAAAGAAGCAUUUUAUCUCCUACAAAAUCCACAUUUGCAGAGUCUGCUUUGUGCACACGAUGCUAUUGCCCAAAAGGAUUUCUAUCCGCAUCUGCCCGAGAUCCCAGUUGAGAUGGACGAGGAUGAAGAAACGAUUAAAAUCGUUCAGUUGGUGAAAAGUAAUGAGCCAUUGGCAGGAGCACAAAGCGCGGAACCAAUUGUUGGCGCAACAAUCAAAACAGACGAAGAUACAGGAAAGAUAAUUAUUGCCCGGAUAAUGCAUGGCGGUGCUGCAGACCGGUCUGGUUUGAUUCAUGUAGGCGAUGAAGUGAUUGAAGUCAAUGGCAUUAAUGUGGAGGGCAAGACACCUGGAGAUGUCUUGCAAAUUCUUCAAAACUCUGAAGGAACCAUCACAUUCAAACUAGUUCCAUCGGAUGGAAAAGGUGGCCAAAGGGAAAGCAAAGUGAGGGUUAGAGCUCACUUUGAUUACAAUCCAGAAAACGAUCCGUAUAUUCCGUGUAAAGAAGCUGGACUGGCAUUUCAACGAGGUGAUAUUCUCCAUAUAGUUUCACAGGACGAUGCAUAUUGGUGGCAAGCGAGAAAAGAAUCUGAGCGCACAGCUCGUGCCGGACUGAUCCCUAGCAGAGCUCUGCAAGAACGCCGAGUUAUCCACGAACGAACUCAACGUGACACAACCGAUGGCGAUUCAAAGACAGAAGGCUCAUGUGCAUCCAUUUGCACGACCCCACCUGGCUCUCCAAUGCUUAACUCUAGUAGUAGUACAUCAUCAUGCCGUCAGCCUAAAACUAAAAAAAUUAUGUAUGACUUAGCCGAGAAUGAUGACUUUGAUCGAGAAAUGAUUGCCACUUAUGAGGAAGUUGCGAAACUCUAUCCAAGACCAGGUGUAUUUAGACCAGUUGUUCUGAUUGGAGCACCAGGAGUUGGGAGGAAUGAGCUGAAACGAAGAUUGACAGCGAGGGAUCCGGAGAAAUUUAGAAGUCCAGUGCCAUAUACAACACGUCCAAUCCGUCAAGGAGAAGUACCAGGACGAGAAUAUAUUUUCAUUUCCCGCGAAAAAAUGGAAGCUGAUGUUUCAGCGGGGAAAUUCAUCGAACACGGUGAAUAUAAGGGCCAUUUGUAUGGUACAUCUGCGGAAAGUGUCAAAUCGAUUGUUAACGCUGGAUGUGUUUGUAUUCUAAGUCCACACUAUCAAGCCAUCAAAGCUCUAAGAACUGUCCAACUGAAACCAUUUAUGAUUCACAUAAAACCCCCGAGUUUUGAUGUGUUAAAAGAAACCCGAACAGCUUCUAGAGCGAAAUCGACAUUUGAUGAGACCAAUUCAAGAGGAUUUACGGAUGAAGAAUUCCAAGACAUGGUUAAACAUGGGGAACGUAUUGAUUUCCUUUAUGGCCAUUACUUUGAUGAGGAAAUCUUAAAUGACGAUCUAGCCACAGCUUUGGAAAAGCUUGUUAAUUGUGUUCAACGUGCCGAAAAUGAACCCCUCUGGGCACCAGCUUCUUGGGUUCAGUAAAAACAAAAAAAACCAAAGUAAAAAAAAAAACAAAAA